AUUUAUGGGCCUGGUAUGGUCUUGGGGUUCUUGGGUCUUGGAGUUCGGAAGGAUUUGAACGAAUCCUUGGAUGACCUACUAAAAGAAGAAAUCUUGACCCUUUCAGAACAGUAUUUCUGUUCCGUGUGUGAUAGUAAAAAUGAUGCCAUACGUCGAACAAAACUACUCAAACUACCACCAGUCUUAAAUUUGCAACUGAUGAGAUUUGUGUUUGAUAGGGAAACUUUGAGGAAGAAAAAGGUCACAACAUCUAUUCAGUUUCCUGAGGUUUUGGACAUGACAUCAAGGGUGACCGAAGAAGAAAGUUCCGAGAAUAAAAUAGAUACAUUAACUUAUCAUUUAAGUGCUGUCUUAAUUCACAAUGGACCUAGUACUUCGUCAGGACACUAUAUUGCCCAAAUUAAGGAUCUAAGAACGGGAGCUUGGCUGAAGUUUAAUGAUGAAAAUGUGGACCCUCUUGGGAGAGGAAAAAGUCAGAAACUAAUUUUAAAAGAAGAUGAAGAUUACAAAAUACUAAACGACCUGAUCUGGAGGUGCAAAACCCACAACAACCCCUUCAUGCAUUUUACUAAUAGUGUUACAGAAUCAAAGAUUAGUUGUACUGUUUACAGUUUUGAAUAUUUAUUUUGUCUUAAAUUUAUUAGUCCUAUGUCGUUGUCAAUGACAAUUAUUCGUAGCUCGAGUAAUGUGUAUUCUAAUAUAAAAUCUCAACAUUUACUUUUUGAAAGAAAUAAAACACUUCAAACUAAGUUAAUUCGGACAAUUUUGGAGCGGCGACCGGUUUAAUAAUCUAUCAUCUGC